CUCUAUGCAAUACCUGAGUACUAGUCCUCUAGCUUAGAUCCCUAAACUGUAUCUGGCUGAGGAUCCCAAUAGUCUUUAUUCUUUUCUAUUACCUCUUCACAACUGAUGGGUCCUAUAUUUAAAUACCUAAUGUCAAAAAUCCACAAUUCUACACCUCUACUUGAAUAUUUUAGCUAAGUGUAUGGAGGCUGACCAUGUCUUCUUUGCUGUGUUGCUUGUAUAUAGAACCCAGAUGAUCCAGACACAGUGGAUGUCAUCAUGCAUAUGCUGGAUCGAGAUCAUGAUCGAAGAUUGGACUUUACUGAGUUUCUUCUGAUGGUAUUCAAGCUCGCUAUGGCCUGCAACAAGGUCCUCAGCAAAGAAUACUGUAAAGCUUCAGGGUCAAAGAAGCACAGACAUAGUCGCCAAUACCAAGAUGAAGAAAGUGAAACAGAAGAGGAAGAAGAGGAUACAUCGGGACAGAAAUCAGGUUACAAAUAUUCAAGUUGGAGUGAGGGAGAGGAGCAUGGUUAUAGUUCUGAGGGUUUGAGGGGUUCUGCAAAACAGAGACAUGGGUCCAGGAGGCUGGGGAGGCAUGGUGAUUUAUCUAGCUCAGAGAACCAAAAGGGAUCUGAAAAAAGGCACUGUGGGUCCAGCUCUGGUCACUCACAGAGUAGUGGCAAACAAAGACAUGGUUCCAGCUCUGGAGAGUUGGGGGAAAGAAGAAGCAAGUCACGUGUUAACCCCUCUAGGGAAUCUGGGGAAGAAUAUGAAUCUGGAUCUGGAUCUGGAUCAAGAAGUGGGGGAAGGAAAAGUCAUGGUGGUCUGUCACACGGAUUAGACAUUAGUGAACAUGAAUCUAGCAAAUCAAGUGGGUGUGGAAGGCCACAAAAUGCUUCUAGUUCUUAUCAGGAAGGUCAAUUUGGAGGGCAAGGAAACCAAUCUAGCUGUACCCCGUCAGGUUAUGAAUCUGGAAGCAGUGGAGGACAAGGUCAUAGAUGUCUCUCAGGAGGUCAGUCAUGUGGAUAUGGUCAACAUGAGCCUAGCUCUUGUGGCCAGUCUUCAAGUCAGAGAGGAUAUGGAUCUAAAGCAUGUGGUCAACCACAGAAUUGUGGAGCACAACAGGGAACAGGUUCAAGUCAGUCCUCUUGCUGUGGGCAAAAUGAAUCUGGAGCAAGUCAAUCUUCUAAUUAUGGUCAACAUGGAUCUUCCUGUGGAUACUCUUCCAAAUCUCAUCAAAAAGGGUCUGGUUCAAAUGAAUAUUCUAAAUGUGGUCAACAUAGAUCCAGCUCAGGUCAGUCCACUGGCUUUGGACAACAUGGGUCAGGCUCAGGUCAGUUCUCUGGCUUUGAACAAGGCUCAUGUUCAGGCCAAUCACCUAGCUUUGGAAAACAGGGGUCAGGCUCAGGUCAGUCUUCUGGCUCUGGUCAACAUGGGCCUAGUUCACAUCAGUCCUCUAGUUUUGAAUACCAUGAGUCUAGAUCAGGGCAGUCUGGCUCAGGACAACAUGGGUCAGGCUCAGGCCAGUCCUCUGGCUUUGGACACCAUGGGUCAGCCUCAGGUCAGUCUUCAGGCUCUGGACAACAUGGGUCUGGUCCGCAUCAGUCUUCUAGUUUUGAGCACCAUGAGUCCAGAUCAGGGCAGUCUGGCUGUGGCCAACAUGGGUCAGGCUCAGGCCAGUCCUCUGGCUCUGGACAACAUGGGUCAGGCUCAGGCCAGUCCUCUGGCUCUGGAAAACAUGGGUCUAGUUCACAUCAGUCCUCUAGUUUUGAACACCAUGAGUCUAGAUCAGGGCAGUCUGGCUGUGGCCAACAUGGGUCAGGCUCAGGUCAAUCCACUGGCUCUGGAAAACAUGGCUCAGCCUCAGGUCAGUCCUCUGGCUCUGGACAACAUGGGUCUAGUUCACAUCAGUCCUCUAGUUUUGAACACCAUGAGUCCAGAUCAGGGCAGUCUGGCUCAGGACAACAUGGGUCAGGCUCAGGCCAGUCCUCUGGCUUUGGCCAACAUGCGUCAGGCUCAGGUCAAUCCUCCGGCUCUGGACACCGUGGGUCAGCCUCAGGCCAGUCCUCUGGCUCUGGACAACAUGGUUCAGCCUUAGGUCAGUCUUCUGGCUCUGGACUACAUGGGUCUAGUUCACAUCAGUCCUCUAGUUUUGAGCACCAUGAGUCCAGAUCAGGGCAGUCUGGCCGUGGCCAACACAGGUCAGGCUCAGGCCAGUCCUCUGGCUGGGGCCAACAUGGGUCAGGCUCAGGUCAAUACUCUGGCUCUGGACAACAUGGGUCAGGCUCAGGCCAGUCCUCUGGCUCUGGAAAACAUGGGUCUAGUUCGCAUCAGUCCUCUAGUUUUGAAUACCAUGAGUCUAGAUCAGGGCAGUCUGGCUGUGGCCAACAUGGGUCAGGCUCAGGCCAGUCCUCUGGCUUUGGCCCACAUGGGUCAGGCUCAGGUCAAUCCUCUGGCUUUGGCCGACAUGGGUCAGCCUCAGGCCAGUCCUCUGGCUCUGGACAACAUGGCUCAGCCUCAGGCCAGUCCUCUGGCUCUGGACAACAUGGGUCUAGUUCACAUCAGUCCUCUAGUUUUGAGCACCAUGAGUCCAGAUCAGGGCAGUCUGGCUCAGGACAACAUGGGUCAGGCUCAGGCCAGUCCUCUGGCUUUGGCCAACAUGGGUCAGGCUCAGGUCAAUCCUCUGGCUCUGGACACCGUGGGUCAGCCUCAGUCCAGUCCUCUGGCUCUGGACAACAUGGGUCAGGCUCAGGCCAGUCCUCUGGCUCUGGACAACAUGGGUCUAGUUCGCAUCAGUCCUCUAGUUUUGAGCACCAUGAGUCCAGAUCAGGGCAGUCUGGCUGUGGCCAACAUGGGUCAGGCUCAGGCCAGUCCUCUGGCUGUGGCCAACAUGGGUCAGCCUCAGGCCAGUCCUCUGGCUCUGGACAACAUGGGUCAGGCUCAGGCCAGUCCUCUGGCUCUGGACAACAUGGGUCUAGUUCACAUCAGUCCUCUAGUUUUGAGCACCAUGAGUCCAGAUCAGGGCAGUCUGGCUGUGGCCAACACGGGUCAGGCUCAGGCCAGUCCUCUGGCUUUGGCCUACACGGGUCAGCCUCAGGCCAGUCCUCUGGCUCUGGACAACAUGGGUCAGGCUCAGGCCAGUCCUCUGGCUCUGGACAACAUGGGUCUAGUUCGCAUCAGUCCUCUAGUUUUGAGCACCAUGAGUCCAGAUCAGGGCAGUCUGGCUGUGGCCAACACGGGUCAGGCUCAGGCCAGUCCUCUGGCUGUGGCCAACAUGGGUCAGCCUCAGGCCAGUCCUCUGGCUCUGGACAACAUGGGUCAGGCUCAGGCCAGUCCUCUGGCUCUGGACAACAUGGGUCUAGUUCACAUCAGUCCUCUAGUUUUGAGCACCAUGAGUCCAGAUCAGGGCAGUCUGGCUGUGGCCAACACGGGUCAGGCUCAGGCCAGUCCUCUGGCUUUGGCCUACACGGGUCAGCCUCAGGCCAGUCCUCUGGCUCUGGACAACAUGGGUCAGGCUCAGGCCAGUCCUCUGGCUCUGGAAAACAUGGGUCUAGUUCACAUCAGUCCUCUAGUUUUGAACACCAUGAGUCUAGAUCAGGGCAGUCUGGCUGUGGCCAACACAGGUCAGGCUCAGGUCAAUCCUCUGGCUCUGGAAAACAUGGCUCAGGCUCAGGUCAGUCCUCUGGCUCUGGACAACAUGGGUCUAGUUCACAUCAGUCCUCUAGUUUUGAACACCAUGAGUCCAGAUCAGGGCAGUCUGGCUCAGGACAACAUGGGUCAGGCUCAGGCCAGUCCUCUGGCUUUGGCCAACAUGCGUCAGGCUCAGGUCAAUCCUCCGGCUCUGGACACCGUGGGUCAGCCUCAGGCCAGUCCUCUGGCUCUGGACAACAUGGCUCAGCCUUAGGUCAGUCUUCUGGCUCUGGACUACAUGGGUCUAGUUCACAUCAGUCCUCUAGUUUUGAGCACCAUGAGUCCAGAUCAGGGCAGUCUGGCUGUGGCCAACACAGGUCAGGCUCAGGCCAGUCCUCUGGCUGUGGCCAACACGGGUCAGGCUCAGGCCAGUCCUCUGGCUCUGGAAAACAUGGGUCUAGUUCGCAUCAGUCCUCUAGUUUUGAAUACCAUGAGUCUAGAUCAGGGCAGUCUGGCUAUGGCCAACUCGGGUCAGGCUCAGGCCAGUCCUCUGGCUUUGGCCAACACAGGUCAGGCUCAGGUCAAUCCUCUGGCUUUGGCCCACAUGGGUCAGCCUCAGGCCAGUCCUCUGGCUCUGGAAAACAUGGCUCAGCCUCAGGCCAGUCCUCUGGCUCUGGACUACAUGGGUCUAGUUCACAUCAGUCCUCUAGUUUUGAGCACCAUGAGUCCAGAUCAGGGCAGUCUGGCUCAGGACAACAUGGGUCAGGCUCAGGCCAGUCCUCUGGCUUUGGCCAACAUGGGUCAGGCUCAGGUCAAUCCUCUGGCUCUGGACACCGUCGGUCAGCCUCAGGCCAGUCCUCUGGCUCUGGACAACAUGGAUCAGGCUCAGGCCAGUCCUCUGGCUCUGGUCAUCAUGGGUCUAGUUCACAUCAGUCCUCUAGUUUUGAGCACCAUGAGUCCAGAUCAAGGCAGUCUGGCUGUGGCCAACACGGGUCAGGCUCAGGCCAGUCCUCUGGCUGUGGCCAACAUGGGUCAGCCUCAGGCCAGUCCUCUGGCUCUGGACAACAUGGCUCAGGCUCAGGCCAGUCCUCUGGCUCUGGACAACAUGGGUCUAGUUCACAUAAGUCCUCUGGCUCUGGAAAACAUGGCUCAGGCUCAGGUCAGUCUUCUGGCUCUGGACAACGUGGGUCUAGUCCGCAUCAGUCCUCUAGUUUUGAGCACCAUGAGUCCAGAUCAGGGCAGUCUGGCUCAGGACAACAUGGGUCAGGCUCAGGCCAGUCCUCUGGCUUUAGCCAACAUGGGUCAGCCUCAGGUCAGUCCUCUGGCUGUGGACAACAUGGGUCAGGCUCAAGCCAGUCCUCUGGCUCUGGACAACAUGGGUCUAGUUCACAUCAGUCCUCUAGUUUUGAACACCAUGAGUCUAGAUCAGGGCAGUCUGGCUGUGGCCAACAUGGGUCAGGCUCAGGUCAAUCCUCUGGCUCUGGAAAACAUGGCUCAGCCUCAGGUCAGUCCUCUGGCUCUGGACAACAUGGGUCUAGUUCACAUCAGUCCUCUAGUUUUGAACACCAUGAGUCCAGAUCAGGGCAGUCUGGCUCAGGACAACAUGGGUCAGGCUCAGGCCAGUCCUCUGGCUUUGGCCAACAUGCGUCAGGCUCAGGUCAAUCCUCUGGCUCUGGACACCGUGGGUCAGCCUCAGGCCAGUCCUCUGGCUCUGGACAACAUGGCUCAGCCUUAGGUCAGUCUUCUGGCUCUGGACUACAUGGGUCUAGUUCACAUCAGUCCUCUAGUUUUGAGCACCAUGAGUCCAGAUCAGGGCAGUCUGGCUGUGGCCAACACAGGUCAGGCUCAGGCCAGUCCUCUGGCUGUGGCCAACACGGGUCAGGCUCAGGCCAGUCCUCUGGCUCUGGACAACAUGGCUCAGCCUCAGGCCAGUCCUCUGGCUCUGGACAACAUGGGUCUAGUUCGCAUCAGUCCUCUAGUUUUGAAUACCAUGAGUCUAGAUCAGGGCAGUCUGGCUAUGGCCAACAUGGGUCAGGCUCAGGUCAAUCCUCUGGCUCUGGACACCAUGGGUCAGCCUCAGGCCAGUCCUCUGGCUCUGGACAACAUGGGUCAGCCUCAGGCCAGUCCUCUGGCUCUGGACAACAUGGGUCUAGUUCGCAUCAGUCCUCUAGUUUUGAGCACCAUGAGUCCAGAUCAGGGCAGUCUGGCUGUGGCCAACACGGGUCAGGCUCAGGCCAGUCCUCUGGCUGUGGCCAACAUGGGUCAGCCUCAGGCCAGUCCUCUGGCUCUGGACAACAUGGGUCAAGCUCAAGUCAGUCUUCUGUCUCUGGACAACAUGGGUCUAGUUCACAUCAGUCCUCUAGUUUUGAACACCAUGAGUUCAGAUCAGGGCAGUCUGGCUGUGGGCAACACGGGUCAGGCUCAGGCCAGUCCUCUGGCUCUGGCCAACAUGGGUUAGGCUCAGGCCAGUCCUCUGGCUCUGGUCAACAUGGGUCUAGUUCGCAUCAGCCCUCUACUUUUGAGCACCAUGAGUCCAGAUCAGGGCAGUCUGGCUAUGGCCAACACAGGUCAGGCUCAGGACAGUCCUCUGGCUCUGGACAACAUGGGUCUAGUUCACAUCAGUCCUCUAGUUUUGAACACCAUGAGUCCAGAUCAGGGCAGUCUGGCUGUGGCCAACGCAGGUCAGGCUCAGGACAGUCCUCUGGCUCUGGACAACAUGGGUCAGGCUCAGGCCAGUCCUCUGGCUUUGGACACCAUGGGUCAGGCUCACACCAGUCCUCUGGCUCUGGACAACAUGGGUCAGGCUCAGGCCAGUCCUCUGGCUCUGGACAACAUGGCUCAGCCUCAGGUCAGUCUUCUGGCUCUGGACUACAUGGGUCUAGUUCACAUCAUUCCUUUGGUUUUGAAUACCAUGAGUCUAGAUCAGGGCAGUCUGGCUAUGGCCAACACGGGUCAGGCUCAGGCCAGUCCUCUGGCUGUGGACACCAUAGGUCAGGUUCAGGCCAAUCCUCUGGCUGUGGGCAACAUCGGUCAGGCUCAACCCUGUCCUCUGGCUCUGGUCAACAUGGGUCUAGUUCAUAUCAGUCUUCUAGUUUUGAACACCAUGAGUCUAGAUCAGGGCAGUCUGGCUAUGGCCAACAUGAGUCAGGCUCAGUGACGUCCUCUGGCUUUGGACAACAUGGGUCAAGUUCAAGUCAGUCUUCAGGGUUUGGAGAACAUGCGUUUAGCUCAGGGCAAUUCUCAGGCUAUGAAUCUAGGGUAAGUGGACAAGGAAGCUGUGGGCCUAGAUCAAGCAAAAAGUAUCCAAUAAGUGGAAAACCAAUAUCAGACUCACCCCACAGUCAAACAAGAGGAAGCAGCCAAGAAAGAACUACUUCUCAGAGUGUAUUGGGAAAUGAGACUGAAGAUCAGGAGAGCAUUCAUGGACAAAACCAACAAAGGCAAGGAACAGAUCAGGGAAGGAUAGCAUCCAGAAGGCAGGAAAAAACACAUAGGCAAUCAAAUGACAGUGAAGGCCACUCAGAUACUUUGGAAACAUAUCAUGGUCAAAGACAUUCUGCACAAGAAUCUAGCAGGAGUGGAAGAAGAAGAGCUAGUGACAAUGAGUCCAGUGACAGUGAAAGGCAUACAGAAGUCUCACAGAGGCACUCAGGAUACAUUCAUGGUCAAGCUGGAUCUCAACAUGGAGAAUCAGGAUCCACAGUUAGAGGCAGACAAGAAACAGAUCACAGACAGGCUGGAUCUCAACAUGGAGAGUCAGGAUCAACAGUUCGAGGUGGACAGGGCCCUGCCCGUGGCCAGUCGGGAGAUACCUCUAGACAUGGCCAAUCUAGUCAUGGGCAAUCCACACACUCUGAGUCCAGAACGGCUGGAAGAAGGGGAUCUAGUCAGAGUGAGUCCAGUGACAGUGAAAGGCACUCAGGAGCCUCACAGAGGCACUCGGCAUCCACACACGGGCAGGCUGGAUCUCAACAUGGAGAUUCGGGAUCCACAGUUAGAGGCAGACAAGAAACAGAUCACAGACAGGUUGGAUCUCAACAUGGAGAGUCAGGAUCAACAGUUCGAGGUGGACAGGGCCCUGCCCGUGGCCAGUCGGGAGAUACCUCUAGACAUGGCCAAUCUAGUCAUGGGCAAUCCACACACUCUGAGUCCAGAACGGCUGGAAGAAGGGGAUCUAGUCAGAGUGAGUCCAGUGACGGUGAAGGGCAUUCAGGAGCCUCACAGAGGCACUCGGCAUCCACACACAGGCAGGCUGGAUCUCAACAUGGAGAUUCGGGAUCCACAGUUAGAGGCAGACAAGAAACAGAUCACAGACAGGCUGGAUCUCAACAUGGAGAGUCAGGAUCAACAGUUCGAGGUGGACAGGGCCCUGCCCGUGGCCAGUCGGGAGAUACCUCUAGACAUGGCCAAUCUAGUCAUGGGCAAUCCACACACUCUGAAUCCAGAACGGCUGGAAGAAGGGGAUCUAGUCAGAGUGAGUCCAGUGACAGUGAAAGGCAUUCAGGAUAUUCACAGAGGCACUCGGCAACCACAUAUGGGCAGGCUGGAUCUGAACAUGGAGUGGUGGAACAUUCAGGAUCUGAUACAAUAGAGAGACACUGGUCUGGUCAUUCAAAGUCACAUGAUAUACACAGGCAGUCACAGGACAACGUAGGCACACCAUCCAGUAGCAGUCAUGCCCAAUCUGGAAUAGGUCAUUCUCAGACUCAUAUUAGUAAAAGGCAAAGAAAUAUAUCUGGUCAAGGAUGGAGACAUGGUAGCUAUGGAAGAGAAGAAUAUGACUAUGGGCAGUCUGGGCUGGAUCUCAACAUGGAGAUUCAGCAUCUACAGUUAGAGGUAGACGAGGCUCAGCUCAUGGUCAGUCUCAACAUGGAGAUUCGGGAUCCACAGUUAGAGGUAGCCCAGGCUCAGCUCAUGGUCAGGCUGGAUCUCAACAUGGAGAGUCAGGAUCAACAGUUCGAGGCGGACAGGGCCCUGCCCGGGGCCAGUCGGGAGAUACCUCUAGACAUGGCCAAUCUAGUCAUGGGCAAUCCACACACUCUGAGUCCAGAACGGCUGGAAGAAGGGGAUCUAGUCAGAGUGAGUCCAGUGACGGUGAAGGGCAUUCAGGAGCCUCACAGAGGCACUCCGCAUCCACACACGGGCAGGCUGGAUCUCAACAUGGAGAUUCAGGAUCCACAGUUAGAGGUAGACAAGAAACAGAUCACAGACAGGAGAUACCUCUAG